CUGUUGAAAUAAAAUGGCCGAGAAUUUUUUCACUCGCUUUACACAACACUUUCAGUAAUACACAAAUUUUAACACUGAAAGUACUGCAAAUAACGCGGUUCUUUAAAUAUAAAACCCAAUAACACAUAGAAACAAAUAUGCCCAUUGAAAUUGGUCCAAAAACCUGUCGGGUGUGCCUAGAAGAGAGCCCACGCCUGCAGCGUCUCGACGAAACACGCGAGGAAGGCGAGGAGACUCCAAACGAAAUGCUCAUACAGCUGCUCGGAGUCUCGUACAGCAAGUUGAAUGACAAAGAAAAUAUACCAGACUGUAUAUGCAAGACGUGCAAGGUGGAGCUGAAUAUGGCAUUUCAGUUCCGAGAAAAGGCUUUACGAAAGCAGGCGUGCAUCGAAGAGUAUUGCCGUGAGAUAGGCAUGUUUGAUGAGGCGGAUGAGUUGUUCAUCAAGGAGGAGGAAAGUCAAGGCGAUAUGCACGGCGAGGAGACGCUUUACAUUCUGGAGGAGGGUGCCGACAAAUCCGAAGGUGGCGAAUACCUUGUAUUGGAAGAGGGCGAAGAGAUGCAGGAGCAGGAAUAUGAUCAGAAGGAAGAAGAGCAGCAUGAGGAACAAGAGCAGGAGCUCAUAACAGAUAAUAUUGAGUAUUUGGAGGAUAAUUAUUCCAUCGAAAUGAAUCCCGAACAGAAUGAAAUUGUUCUCGAGACGAGCAAACCGUUCGAGGAGACGUCAACACAGCAACUGGUCCUCACGGAGGCGGCUAAUGCCAGUCUUAAGAACAAACGCGGACGCAACCGCCGUGUGGAAGGACUUCGUGCUUCGAAUGUGAUGAAGGGCGGCUUUAUCUGCGAUAUCUGUGGAAACUACUACGAGAAACGAGGACGCAUGAUGGAGCAUCGUCGUCGUCAUGACACCGUCUGUCAAUACCAGUGCGAACUGUGUGACGCCGAGUUCCAUGUGCGCGAACAGCUGCGCAAGCACAUGUACUCCCACACCGGCAGCAAGCCCUUUAAGUGCAGCUGGUGCAGCCGUCAGUUCUUCUAUGAGAGCGUCUUGAAGGCCCACGAGAAUGUGCAUCGCGGCGUCAAGCCGUAUGUGUGCAAGGUAUGCGACAAAGCGUUUGCGUAUGCCCACUCUCUGACCAAGCACGAGCUCAUCCAUUCGGACAUCAAGUUGUACCGCUGCGACUAUUGCCAGAAGGACUUCCGCCUGCUCCAUCACAUGCGCCAGCACGAGGAAACAAAAUGCCAUCAGAAUGCUGUGAUGAUAGCCGAGAGCUCGCGCGUGGAGAUGAUGGGCGUCGAGGUCAAGAUGAUGCACGAGGACGCCGAAAUGCAUGCCCAAUGACGAACAAAGAGGUACUCCUUCUAGAUGUUAUCUUACUCUUAAACAAAUAUUACUACAUAUGUAUCACCUGAAUACAAAUCCAAAAUAAUGUAUAGCAAGACCCAACUAGAACUGCUGCAAUUCUAGCAAUAUAUAAUUUAUAUAUGUA